CGCAUCACGACCGCCCACCGACGCCUUUCAAACGCGCUACGGACGCCCGAAACCGCGGCUACGGACGAACAUCGCCUCCACGUUAGACAGUGCUCAAUACAGCUAACAAGAUGGAUAACAGUGAUGAUGAAGAAGACACACAUUUCUGUCUCAAGUGCCAUAUGACCAUAACGGGCCUAGAGAAUUACGUGGAGCACAGAAAAUCCAAGUGCGGUCGCCCAAGAGAAAAGUCUCCUGGGUCCGAGGAAAUGCCAGAUUUGAAGGCAGACGACUUCUUUUCUUCAUUGAACCUCCAAAGCAGCUACAAAUCUGGGGAAGCGAUCCCUAUCAAGGUGCCUGGCAUACUGACGAGGAGCAAGGUAAAGGUAACAAAGGAUGGUGGGAAACGAAAACGGUUCGACGAGGAGGAAGACUCCGAAGAAGAAGAAUCGGAAGAAGAAGCGUCGUCCGGUGGUAAAUGGCGACCCGACGAGUGUAGAAAACAACUCUGGCCACCUCCUGGACACACAGGAGGAAAGUGGAAACCCACGAUCGACAAAUCUGAUCUUGCAACUGAGGAAAUCGUAUUUUACGAACGUCCACCGCCCAGCCACACGAGAGGAAAGUGGGGUCCGUCCGAACGGCCCUGGGGACAGCUUCGAAAAGGAAAUUUGUACUGGUGCGGCCCGUGUAACAGGAGACUCAGUUCAAAAUUGAUUUACGACCGUCAUAUAAAAAGCGAGCUUCAUUUCAAACGGACUAACUCUUCUGUGAUUCAGCAACCGAGGAGUAAAAGAAAGAUAACAAGAACGAAAAAAGCUGUCGAAAGUACGCUUGGCGCGAUCAACAAGCGGGUUAAGUCCGAUAAGGAGGUCAAAAGGCGUGGAGGGUAUAUUGUAUGCGAAGUAUGCAGGUGUAGGGUAUGGCCCCAUCUUAUGGGGAAGCAUUUGGUAUCACAUUACCACUGUAAACACCCGAGUUCGAAAGAAGCGUCAACGGCACUUGUCCUGCAGAACAUCGCUUCAAUCGUGCGCCAAUCACCAUUUCAGUGCGCCUUGUGCAAGUUCUACUGCAACACACAACAAACAUUCCUCAACCACUGGGCAUCGGAAAUGCACAGGAAGAAUGACAAUAAAUUUACAGGCCGCUAUUGGUGUGCAUUUUGUAAAUUUGGUACGGAAUCUACGGUGGAAAUGGGCUGUCACCUGGUUGGAGAAGCGCACAGCGAAGUCGUCUCCCUCAUCAACCACUCUGUACCGAUAAUCAUCCAAAAACGACUCCCGCUCUGGUGCGAAAUAUGCAGAAAACGUUUCAGAUACAAUGCGCAGAUCCGAAUUCACAGCAGAAUGUGGCAUCACGUGCAGGACAGUGGGACGGCGUCGGACUCUUAUCAGGAGGUGAUGAAAUGUACUGACUGCGUCUACACCGCCUUUUCGCUCACUUCCUUCCAAAAGCACAGACGGAUGAAGCACUCUGCUAAGUACUGCUUCUGCCGGCUGUGCAAUCUCACGUUCGAAACCGCGGAAGACGCCCAGGCGCACAGGAAGACAAAAGAGCACAUCGGGAAAAGAGAGGCGAGGCCAAAGACGUGCGAAUAUUGCAUGAAUGUCUUCCCAUCGAUAAUAGCGCUCAAGAAGCAUCUCUGGAACGUUCAUCCAGAACAAAAACACAAGUGUCUUAAGUGUGGAGAGGAAUUUCUAUUGAAACAAGAGGUUUCCCAGCACGUGAAAUCUAAGUCGUGUAAAACGUACGACUUUAUCGGGAAACAGCCUUUCAGGGAACAUAAGUGUUCCGAGUGCGAUUUCUCCUGCGACACUGAGUCCGAGCUGAUUGUGCAUGCUGUACUGCACAAAGGUGAGACCUCAAACGGCAUGUACCCGUGCAUCUACUGCGGGAGGAGUUUCAAGAAACUUUCCCUCAGGAACCACGCCAAGACGCAUACGGCAGAGCGGCCUUUCACCUGUACUGUCUGCCAUCUGAGUUUCAGGAGGAGAGACACUCUCGUCAGACACGUCAGCAGGGUUCACGACAUGAGGCUAGGCUUUCACGGAGACUUAGAAUGUGAAACUUGUUCGAGAAGGUUCGCAAAGCAGGAAUCCCUUGAACGGCACAUGGCCAACCACUCUAACGACCGAUAUCGCUGCACUGAAUGCACUCAGACUUUUGCCAAAAAGUCGAGCCUGACGCAACACCAGCAGCGGCAUUUCGGCAAAAAGUUCCAGUGUGGCGAACAGGGGUGCGUCUUCAAAGGGAGGUCGGAAGCAGAGCUCAAGAUCCACCUUAAGACCCACUCAGCCCUACGUGACUUCCACUGCCAGCAAUGUGACUAUUCCGCCAAAACAAAAUGUCAACUAGUCAAACACGUCAAAGUGGUACACGGAGAACCAGGUUCGAUUUCAUGCCCGCACUGCGAUUUCAAAACCAAACAUGGAACCCAUCUCAAGAGACAUCUGAGGGUCCACUCAGGUGCCAAACCGUACAAAUGUCCUCACUGUUCCUUCACUUGCAACCUUUUGGAAAACUUACGGAAGCACGUGCUUUCCUCAAAAAGGCACCCUGGUCUGUCUUUGUACAAAUGCAAGACUUCGGGCUGUGAAUACACUACCAACUACUCGAAAGAGUUCAGAGCCCACCUGGUACAGACACACAACGAAGAGAUGGGAGCUGCAGCUGCUUAUGUAACAGGGCUCUACCAUCCAUCGCAGGACGCCCAGAAAAUCGAGAAUCCUCUGGCGGUGCGACAAAAGAAAAAGAAACCGAAGAGACUGGUUAUAGAGCAUAAUCUUGAAGAGCUAGCGUACGACGCUGGGGAAUCUAAGCUGCCGACCUUGGCAUCGGUCGCUUUGACUCCUGCCAAGCCACAUCCUGACGACGACGUCAUCUUCCUCCAGGUCGGCCCGGAAGAAGAGUACGACAUGGUCGUACCUCUGUACCACCAGCCGUUCCCCAGCAUCGAACCGUUUGCGUCUCAAGCAAACUACGACCAAGUGGAAAUCGAGACGACCCCUGAUGACACCGUCUGAUAUUUGGACUCGAAGCACUAAUUUUCCAUAAGAAACCAUUUUCUUAUGUUCAAACAUGGACGUUCGAGUUUAUUUUAACGCUCAUACAUUUCUGAAUUAAUAAUAGAGUUUUUCUUUUUCUUGCACUUAUUGACAACUAUGGGAUUUUAUUUUUUUAUGAUUGUAAUAAAAA